AGAAAUUCUCACACUCCCCAAAUGUAGCUUCACGAGAUGGUUGAGUCUCAGAAGGACCUUUUCUUCUUUUCCAGGAUAUAUAUCUGUUGAGUCUUGACCAACACCGCAGGUCCGCAAGCUCUCUCCCCUCUAACUGUCGACUCUGCAUUCCAAGGUUCUUUCACAAUGGAUUGGGCAUGGAUGGUGGAGUUCCUCAAGGGCAUGAUCAAACCCGUGGCUGCCACCGCGGUGGUGCUCAUGGCCGUGCUGUUGUCUUAUUUUCAGAAGUUAGGGUUGGAGGCAGAGAUGGUUUACUCGAUUCUCAGGGCAUUUCUUCAGCUCUCUGUUAUUGGGUUUGUUCUGCAGUUCAUUUUCACUCAGAACAAUAGUGUGUGGAUCCUUCUGGCUUACCUUUUCAUGGUCUCUGUUGCAGGUUAUACAGCCGGUCAACGAGCUAAACAUAUCCCUCGGGGGAAGUAUGUUGCCGGAGCUUCCAUUCUGGCUGGAACUGCAGUGACAAUGUUCGUGCUUGUUGUGCUAAAUGUAUUUCCUUUCACUCCAAGAUACAUCAUCCCCGUUGCAGGUAUGAUGGUUGGGAAUGCGAUGACUGUGACGGGGGUGACGAUGAAAAGACUUCGUGAUGACAUUAGAACACAAAUGAACCUGGUAGAGACAGCAUUGGCUCUGGGUGCAACCCCGCGCCAAGCCACACUUCAACAAGUGAAAAGGGCUCUGGUUAUUGCACUCUCACCAGUGUUGGACAAUGCCAAAACUGUGGGUCUUAUCUCACUUCCUGGGGCAAUGACUGGACUCAUAAUGGGAGGAGCUUCUCCUCUGGAGGCCAUUCAGCUGCAGAUUGUAGUAAUGAACAUGCUCAUUGGUGCAUCGACAGUUAGCAGCAUCAUGUCUACUUAUCUUUGUUGGCCUGCUUUCUUUACCAAAGCUUUCCAGUUAGAGACCAAAGUCUUCUCUGCCGAGUAAGUUUUAGUCUAGUUUUGCUCUCAAUGCUCAGCCCCUGUCCCCUCUGGAUUUAAAUCGGAAUUAAUCCAUCAGUUGCGGUAGAAGCAGCAUCGCACAUCUGAGGCCUCUACCGGGUUCCAUCACAUUUAAUAAGUGUAUAUUAUGUAUUAAGUUACUAUGUUUUUUGUGAUGAUUGGUUUUCCGUGAAUGUAUUUUAGCAUUUUCCAA